AUGAGGCCAGGAACUCGAAGUCGUAGUAACAGUCCAUUCGCAAACAAGAAUCCAUUAGCUACUAAACGGGACCGUCAAUCUAUUGGCAAGAAGCCAUUCCUACCAGCGUCUGCAGCAACAGCAGCUCCCAAAUCCCAAACUAUUCGCGAUUUUGCUGACGAUGACAUUCCUACAAGAUCGACCGUAGAUCUACGUUCAUCAUUGACUACUCGAGUCUUGGUCAAUCAAGCCUGGGAGCAAGGAAGAUACUCAGAUCUAUCCAUUCAAAUGCUCGGCAAAAUCUAUAAUCUGCACAAGAUUGUCCUGGUCCAGUCUCCCUUCUUUGUAAGGCUCCUCUCUGAUGACUGCACCGACUUGUCCUUUGAUUAUCAUGAUGAUCGCUGGACUGUCGCUGCAAUGGAUAUAGUACUUCGGGACUUGUAUGAUCUCGUCACCGUGGACAAGCAUCAUAGGAACGCCACUAGAAUCAGUAUGAUAGCUCCUGAUAAUGUCCUACCCGUCCUCUCAGCCGCAUGCUUUAUCGAAUGGCCAGACAUGAUUGAAUACUGCACCAACCUGUUUCUGGAUAGCCUAUCGCUGGACACUGUAAUAUUAUACGCUCGUGGCCUCGACGUAUUAAAGCCACCUCCUCCACCUGAUAUGAUGACACCCUACCGGGAUCAUGGCUAUGCCACCCAAUUACAUACCGUAUACAAGACGCUCCAUGCCUCCUUGCUAUCCUAUGUAUGUCAGCUGAUGAACCAGUCUAGUAUUGGUGCUGUGCUGAGCUCAGAUGAUGCAUUGAACGAGAAUGAAGAUGGCAGUAUAAACCAAACAGGUCUUCCCGAAACUGCUAUAAAGAUAAUGACCCAGCUCCCUCUACACUGGCUGCGUCGGAUUCUGGAAUCUGAUGCGCUAUGUGUAUUGAAUGAGUUUGUAAGAUAUAGGAUGGUAGUCUUAUCUUGGAGACUUCGCACUGGCAGUCCUGGACCAAAAGUCAAAGUAGAAGAAGAGGAAGGAGGAGAGCAGCAGCAGCAGGAAGCUGGAGAGACAGCUGAUACCGAACAUGUACCACCAUCUCGUAUGACUCCUCCGGAAACACCAUUAGUACCCUCGGUAUCAGUAGACGAUCUAGGUCCAACCGACAACGUAAAUCACGACACUGUCCCAAUACAGACUGAAGUCAUGGAUAUUGAUGAAGCAGACGAUGAAGAUGUAGUAGAAACUAGGACCAGCUACAACAACCAGACCGGUUCUAGCAGUGCUGCCACUACACCUACAAAGAGUAAACUCGAACCUAUAUCCAACAAGUUUGGAUACUUGACCUCCCUCAUUGGGAGUGUAGUAGAUACCAUGACACGUAAACCGACUGUAAAUCCAGCCAAACUCGAGCCACCAGCUGAACGAUCCACAGAUAUGGAAAAGGACAUCGAAGCUCAACAAUCUGCACUCAUCAAUGACGGUGAUGAAGAUGCUGCAUUUUUGGAUUUGUUGCAGGGUGGAAUCAUUUAUACAUACAUGACUUUUGAUCAACUGCAGCUGGUUCGCCGAGACUGUAUUGUCCCUGAGCAAGAACUCUUCCAGUCAUUGUGGCUCCAAACAGCCUUGACAAACCAACCUGGUGCAUCUAGCCAUCAGCUACCCUCCAUUCGACUAGCGGACUCUACCCUACUUGGCAAAAGAAAGAUACCGCCUUUUAGAUUUAGCGUCGUAUUCAGGAAUGUAAUCAAGUCCUUCCAAGAAGGGGCUCUUGAAGGACAUUGGAAUGUAUCCUCGGAUCCUGUACAAUGUGCAGGUAUACAAUAUCGUGUAGUAUUGUCUAUGGUCGAACUCGCUCCACCUGCUAAAGCCGAUAAGGAUGACGACGUCGAGGUGGUCAUAGGAUCUCCUACUAAAUUAGGUCGUAAAUCUGAAGAACGUCAAGCAACUCCAGUAGCAGCAGGAGCAACUACCAAUGAUAUGGAUGUCGAAUCAUUAGAAAGGGAGGGACAGCAACAGGAAGGAGCAGAUCACAAGGAGGCUGGACAAUCUAAUGAAGAGCCUGUUGCAGCACCUCGUGAAUUGAGAGUUAUGUUGCAGAGAAAGUCCACUUCUGCAAAUAAACGCAAGAAUGAUUUGGCUCCUAUUGAUUACCGAAUCUAUGUGUUUGAUAAGACCAAUUUUGAGGUGAAAAGGGAUUGGUGGAGGAAGUUCCAUCAAGCUGUAACUGUAUGCGACAAGGAAGGAUAUGGACAUACCUCUCGAUUGUCUGUUGGCGAUUGGAAUGGUAGUAGUGAGACGCUGGCUGAUGUAAAUGUUGAUGAAGACAAUGAGGAUUUAGUGUGGUGUUGUAUUGUCGUAUCGACAUCGUAG